UGUACCUCAAACAUCCCUCCAUCUUGCUCGUCCAUCCUUUCUCCUCUGUGUCAUCCCCAAGCUGUCACCCUUGGGGGACACUUCAGUACUUCACAUUCUCCUUAAGGCAUCUUGUCUACUAAUAUUGUUUACGCUGUUUGUAUCGAUUUCUCCACUCUGUAUCAGCAAGCAUCCUCCGCCCAGGUUAAGCUAGACCCAACGCGAGGUCUGAGACCCGACAAGCUACCUAGGUGCACUCCGAAAGCCGUUUCACGUCAUGUCUAAUCAGUCUCCCGCUCUCUCCUCAUCAAAGAUCUCCAAUACUCCUCCACAGAUUUCGAUACCAGCGCAGUCCCACGUCGGUCCUCCAGGCGGUGCUGAGAACUACUCCCAACGUCGUGGCGGCGGAUCUUCAAGCUUUGGAGGGGGGUCUGCGUUCAAGGGUAACUCGCCUUCGGCCAGAAGCAACCAAUCUCAACGAAAGCAGCACAAAUCCUCGAAGAAGCCUAGGCUUGCUACAGAGGAUGCCAUUGCGGAAGCUGUCGCCAUGAGGUCUACGAAUAGUCGCAAAGGACAAACGUCCAUUACGCAUCUGAUGAACUUCUCCCUCCCACCGAGGCCUCCGAGUCAUUAUAGCCACGCUCAUGGUCGUCCUGUGCGAAGAAAUCCAACCUGGGGGCUUGGCUCUGGAUACCAUGCUGUCGAUAAAGCGAGAUAUGUUCAUGCAAACUACCGAUUCAUCGUAAAACCCAAUGGCGAUUACCGAGCGCAAGCUGUCGAUGCGGAUAUUCAUCUCGACUGGAGCUCUGUGCUCCAAGUUCUCGCCUCCGCUUUGUCUCAGUCUGCUGCAUGUCCGAUAUGUUUGUCUGAACCAGUAGCACCGCGCAUGGCCCGUUGUGGUCAUAUAUUUUGCCUUCCAUGCCUCCUGAGGUAUAUGCAUUCGACGGACGGCACAAAACCUGUGCCUGAAAAGAAAUCCCGCUCGCAAAAAUGUCCUAUUUGCUACGACACUGUUUAUAUGGCGGAGACUCGGCCAGUCCGCUGGUUCAUUGGGCAAGAGGGAGAGCCGCCUCACGAAGGUGCGGAUGUGGUUUUGCGCCUUGUGAUGAGGCAGCCGGGAAGCACUCUUGCGCUUCCCCGCGAUGGCGGAGAUGUGUUGGAAGACAAAGGAGAUAUUCCGUGGCACUUUGCUGCCGAAGUGGCAGACUAUGCACGGGUCAUGAAGGGCGGGGAGAGUUAUAUGUUGUCGCAGUAUGACGAGGAGAUUGAGGCUCUCCGUCGGCAGGAACACGAGGAUGAAUUAAUGUUUGGCGAAGGUGGCGAGUGGACCCGCAAGGCUGUAAAUGCCAUCAAUGCAGCAAAGGAAGUUAUCCGUGGAAUCGGGGACCCUCCAGAAAUGCCCGAUCAUCCGGUGGAGAAGAAGUCCAAGAGACUGCCGAUUGAUUUGCUCACCGACGAAUCCGAAGUCCCAGAAAUGUAUCUGAUUGAUCAUGCCCGACGUUCCGGUCAAAGUUCUAGCGCUGAAUCCUCAACACCUACCUCUACGAUUCCUGAACCGUCAGAGGCACCCCACGGGCCUCCACCGGUGCUGAACCACUCUGGCUCUCGCGAGGCGCCUGAUCAGGAACAAGCCGCCGCGGCAGCUCCCACGCACCCUCCGCACAAGCAUGGGGAGCACGGUCAUCACCCAGAUUCGCCAUACUAUUUUUAUCAAGCUCUGCUUCACUACUACCUCUCUCCUCUUGAUAUUCGAAUCCUGAAGGCCGCAUUUGGUACCUUCUCUGCAUUUCCCAGCGCUUUGCUUCCGCGCGUGGAGCGGGUCUCCACUGGUCACACAAUUGAUGACGAGCUCCGAAAACGUACAAAAUACCUUGCCCAUCUGCCUUAUGGAUGUGAGAUUGGCUUCUUGGAAUGCGAUUGGACAGAUAUUGUCCCUCCGGAAAUACUGGACAAGUUUAAGCCAGACCUUGAUCGGCGGCGGAAACGUAACCAAGACAAACAAGUUAAGGAAGAGCGAGAUCGCCUUCGCGCUGAGAAACAGGAGGACAAACGCUGGGCGGCUGCUGGGCACCGGCCAUUUAGUCUCCCUCGCGAAAGUUUCUCCGAGGAAGAUUUCCAACCCCUCACGGCCGGUGAUUUUGCGCCGUCUUCGGCAGAUAUUGUCAGCACUUCGUCAUCCCCGCCAUGGCCGUCUUCGCGCAGUCAUCAAGGAUCUGCUUUUGCAUCUCUGGCUUCUCCUUCAACCAGUCCCACUACUCCUCGAACCGUAUGGGGUACAACGGCUAUUGCGCCUGCCUCACCUACACUGCACCCUCGUGACAGUGAGCUGCAUGACGACGGGUGGCUUCAGGGAUGGGAGAAGGAUCUGUUGCACGAAGAUGAGCUGAUUGCUCAGGUCGAGGCUGCUUCACUUGGGGAAGAGGCCAAGGGCGGUGGCAAUGCUAACAAGAAAAAGAAGAAAGGGAAGAAGAUUACUCUAAUGAGUACCAAUGCGCGGAGAGGAGCAUGACUUGUUGUCAAAUGCCCUUUCUUCAUUUAUCCUUGCGUCUAUGAUUGAUUUUAGCUACCGUCGAAACUCGAGCUUGGGCAUAGCGAUCUGAUUUUCUUUUUUUGUGAAGGAGUCUUUUGGGGCUCGCGCAUUUCUUCCUUGGCGUGAAGAUUUUAUUUCUGUUUACAUGAAUAUUCAGCAUACCUGCCUUUUGGCGCAUUGAGGGGGACAGGAAGGUUUAUAUGGCAAGGAAGCUCGACGAAGACUCGGCUUCAGCCUGCAAUACUCUUGUACCAAUUGGGUACCAGGCACCUCGCACCAGAUAUAUAUGACGUUGUCAAUCAUAAAAAUGUCGGAUACGAAG